AUGAACGCUGAGCGCUUUCCCAGUGCCUGGCCCAUGGUCCCCGCCGACGUCGCCGCCCAGAUGGCCCCUCGGCUGACCCCGCUGACCCUGCUGCUGCUGCUGCUGCUGCCGCAGGCUCGGUCCUUCACAGUUUCUCCUACCCUGGCCCCCACUGAACCUUUCUGCCCAGUGCCCAACACCUCCUGCUCUGAUUGGGAGAUCAGUGCAGCAGAAGAAGUAUUGGGGGAGGCUUUGACAGAUUUCUCCCUGAAGCUCUACCACUCCUUCUCAGAGGUGAAGAAGGCUGAGACCAAUAUGGCCUUUUCCCCAUUCAGCAUCGCCAGCCUCCUCACUCACGUCCUGCUUGGGGCUGGAGAUUACACCAAGACCAACCUGGAGAAUGUCCUCUCUUACCCAAAGGACUUUGCCUGUGUCCACCAGGCCCUGAAGGCCUUUACAUCCAAAGGUUACACCUCAGCCUCUCAGAUCUUCCACAGCCCAGACCUGGCCUUAAGGGAUGCCUUUGUGAACGCCUCUCGGAGCCUGUAUGGCAGCAGCCCCAGAGUCCUGAGCAACGACAGUGAUUUGAACCUGAAGCUCAUCAAUAACUGGGUGUCCAAGAACACCAACCACAAGAUCAGACAGCUGCUGGACAGCCUGCCCUCCGACACCCGCCUUGUCCUUCUCAGUGCUGUCUAUCUGAGAGCCAAGUGGAAGACAACAUUUGAUCAUAAAAAAACCACGAUGGAGCCCUUCCACUUCAAAUCCUCUGUGAUCAAAGUACCCAUGAUGACUCACAAGAAGUACCCAGUGGCCCAUUUCACCGACCCGACUUUGAAGGCCAAGGUGGGCUGGCUGCAGCUCUCUCACAACCUGAGCUUGGUGAUCCUGGUACCCCAGCAUACGAAACACCGCCUUGAAGAUCUGGAGCAGGGCCUCAACCCCACUGUCUUCAAGGCCAUCCUGAGGAAGCUGGAGAUGACCAAGUUCCAGCCCACUCUUCUGAUCAUGCCCCGCAUCAGAGUGAAGAGCAGCCAGGACUUGCUGGGAAUCAUGGAGAGAAUGGAAUUCUUUGACUUCACUAAUGACCUCAACCUGUGUGGGCUGACGGAUGACCUAGACCUUCAGGUGUCUGCAAUGCAGCACCAGGCAGUGCUGGAGCUGACGGAGUCAGGGGUGGAGGCGGCUGCAUCCUCCGCUGUCUCUGUGGCCCGCACCUUGCUGGUGUUUGAAGUGAACCAGCCCUUCCUCUUCCUGCUGUGGGACCAGCAGCACAGGCUCCCGGUCUUCAUGGGGCGGGUGUAUGAUCCCCGGGGCUGA